AUGGUUGUCGGAACAAUACGACUUCAGGGAAAAGUAAUUGUUGGCACACGUCGUGUUCUUACCGAAGCAGUUGACACGACGUACUCGCGGUGUCAGGAAAACAAUAAUAAAAUGAUACAAUUUGACAUCAAUCAUGAUCACAAUUAUUUUGGUGUACAAGAUGAACCCGUUGUCGAACAUAAUGAACCUCUGCUUCCGGUUGCUGUAGAAAGACCACACUCCUACACCGUAGUUUUAGGAGUUCAAAGGGGCACUGAAAUAAUAAGAGACAAUCUUGGGUUCAUGUAUUAUAAAAACAAAGUCACACAGAAUAAAAUUUACUUGGCAUGUUAUGAAAAGAAGUUGGAAGGACAGUGCCGGGCAACUGCUCACAUAUCUCCAGACCGCAAUGAUGAUAGGUUGACACUGUCGAAGCAACAUAUUAUCCAUCAUGUAAGGGAACUCAACCUCAAUGUUCCCCUGCUUCGACAGGAGAUAACGGAAAGGGCUUUAGAGAGGACCAUAAACUCAUAUACUCCUCGUGGAAUUUAUAUGCAAGCAAUUGCUAAUUUUCCAGAAGCUGCAGAAAAUUAUACGUUUCUACAGAGUGUAGAGAGGAUGCGGCGAUUAAGACGAAAGUUUUUUCCUCAGACUCCACGAAACAUGGCAAAUUUGCACGAUUUGUUGACAGCUGCAGACAAUGAAAAUUUUGCAAUGACACUGCAAAACCCUCCUAACAGGUUUUAUCAAGGUCCAUUGAUGGUAGAGGGAAUUGUCAGUGGAGUCAUUUUUUGUAACGUCGCCAAUAUAAAUAUAUUUGCACCAGAUUUAAGAAGUGUUCGUGUAGCAGGGUGUGAUGGCACGUUUAAAACUGUACCGAAGUUUUUAGAAAAUGACGCCUAUCAAUUGUUUUCUUUCCAAGUAGUUUUUAAGGAUGUAAGCUUCCCUUUAGUUCAUGCCAUUUUGAUUGGAAAAACUCAACAAAUUUAUGUUGAAUUACUACAAUACAUAAGAAAUGUGCUUCCAUUAUGUUAUGAUCAGCUCAAAAUUAUUACUGAUUUUGAGCAAGGGCUAAUCAAUGCAGUCGAUUUAGUUUUUCCGGAAAGUAAACACCAAGGGUGUUACUUUCAUUACUGUCAAGCAGUAAUAAGAUAUGUCAGAAAUAAGAGGAGCAACAUAUUUCAAUUAUUCAAAGCUGACAAUAAUGCUGCUCGUGUGCUUCGAAUGAUUUUAGCAUUGCCAUACUUACCAGCUACACAAAUUGGUGAUGUUUUGCCUUCAAUGGAGGAUGGGUUUCAUAGCAUUGUUGAGUAUGUAAACCAAUUCCCGUAUUUGGCAUUGCAAUUAAACCCAUUUCUGUUCAAUUACAUUUGGGGAUAUUGGUUCAUAACAAUGGGACCAGCAGCUGUAACAGUAUUUAACGAAGACAUUAGGACAAACAACUAUGUAGAAAGCUACCAUGCCUCACUGCUUAGACUGAUAAAGCCUCAUCCCAAAGUUUGGGAGUUUCUAAAAAAGGAGAGAAAAGUUAUACAUUGA